GCUUUUUUAGAUGUGCAUAAUCCCUGAGUUGACCCAGAAAAUCGUCAGUCGUUUCAAGAUCUGAUGCUGCAGUCUUUGUGCGCACCUCUCUCCCCACGAUGACGCGCGGCCCCGCGGACUACACGGACUGCUGAGCCUUUCCCCCCCCUCCCACCCCCACCUGGACCCCCCCUUUACCCCCACUCCCCCCACCCCGCUCGUCCCUCCGCGCCGCAGCGGACUUUAGCCACCGGACCGAGCCCGAAGAGGAGCAACUUUAACCGGGGGGGGAGCCGAACACGGAGGCAUGGCAGACCACCUCAUGAUGCCCAUGAAUCACGGUUCGCCCGGCGCCGGUCUCCACGGUUACCGGAUGGGCAUGAACGGCCUGCAGGCGGGCCACCAGCCGCACGGCAACCAGCAGGCCAUGCGACCGCUGCCCGGCGGACAGAUGAUGCAUUACGGCGGCGCCCAAGCCAGCAUGGAGACGGCCAUGCGGCAACGGCAAGGCAUGGUGCCCAUGAACGGACAGAUGAACGGCGGCCAAAUGGGCCACCACCACCACCAGAUGACCUCCGGGGGCAUGAUGUACAACGGGCAGCAGCAGCAGCAGCAGCAGCAGCAUCAUAUGCACCAGACCCAGCAGCAGCAGCACCAGCACCAGCAGCAGCAGCAGCAGCACCAAGCCCAACAGAGCCAGUUCAUGAACGGAGGCUUGACGUCUCAGCAGCUCAUGGCCAGCAUGCAGCUGCAAAAACUCAACACCCAGUAUCACGGACACCCGCUGGGGCCCAUGGGCGGGAACCACAUGGGCCCGGCGGGCCAGUACCGCAUGAACCCGGCGCAGCUGGCCAACAUGCAGCACAUGGCGGGCCCGGCGCUGGCCCUGAACGGUAUGGACGCGGACAUGAUCGACGAGGAGGUGCUGACCUCGCUGGUCAUGGAGCUGGGCCUGGACCGGGUGCAGGAGCUGCCGGAACUCUUCCUGGGCCAGAACGAGUUUGACUUCAUCUCGGACUUUGUGAGCAAACAGCAGCCCAGCACUGUGAGCUGCUGAGAGGGGAUCGGACUGGACCGGACCGGAGACGACCCCUCACCCCCUCCGCCCUUACCCCCAUGUCUUCAUGAAGAUGGACCAUAGAAGGAGGUGCGCUCGUCUCUUUUAGGACCAAGCCGCGGCGCGCAGAAGGAGAACUCUGGCUUGUGGUCUGGUUGGGGUUGGAGGGGGGGGGGGGGGCGGUGGACCUCCCACUUCCUGGACAUGAAUGUAAAAAAAAAAAAAAAAGAA